AAACUAAAAGGAAAGAAAAAAAAAAAGGCAAUCAAAGAGAAUGCUGCGAAUUUGGACUACGAGGAGAUUAGCUUCACAAUGCUUGAUUCCAUGGCGGAUGUACCCAACUACUCUCAUUUCGACCCGAAAUAGCUCCAUCGGAAUCCUACACGACACUCUCGACCGGAACUCCGAUUCGUAUACACGAAACUCAAAGGUCAUGGAUGAACUUGUUUCACAGCUUCAUUCUCACAUUCUCAAGGUUAUGGAAGGAGGAGGACCAGAAGCUGUGAAGAGGCAUCGGAGUAGGAAUAAGCUUCUUCCUAGAGAGAGGAUUGAUCGCCUUAUUGACCCUGGCUCUUCAUUCCUUGAGCUUUGUCAGCUUGCGGGUCAUGAAUUGUACCAAGAGUCAUUACCUUCUGGUGGGAUAGUUAUAGGAAUUGGAACAAUACAUAAGAGACUCUGUAUGUUGGUGGCAAAUGAUCCUACAGUCAAAGGUGGAAGUUACUUUCCAAUAACUGUCAAGAAACAUCUCAGGGCACAAGAGAUUGCAGCUCAAUGCAAACUACCAUGUAUAUAUCUUGUUGAUAGUGGUGGUGCUUUCCUUCCAAAGCAAGCCGAGGUUUUUCCUGACAAAGAAAAUUUUGGGAGAAUAUUUUACAAUCAAGCUGUGAUGUCCUCUGAAGGUAUUCCUCAAAUUGCACUGGUGUUAGGUUCUUGUACUGCUGGAGGAGCUUACAUUCCUGCAAUGGCUGAUGAGAGCGUCAUGGUCAAAGGGAAUGGUACCAUAUUUUUGGCUGGACCUCCUCUUGUAAAGGCAGCAACUGGUGAGGAAGUUUCUGCAGAAGACCUUGGAGGUGCAACUGUGCAUUGUAAGACAUCAGGGGUUUCUGACUACUUUGCCCAUGAUGAACUGCAUGCCCUUGCUAUAGGAAGGGAUAUUGUUAAGAACCUGCACAUGGCUGGUGGUCCAGAAGUAUCUGGACAAACUAGAGCUGAUUAUAAAGAACCUCUGUAUGACGUGAAAGAACUUCGCACCAUUGCACCAACAGACCUCAAACAGCCCUUUGAUGUUCGUUCAAUUAUUGCUCGCAUUCUCGAUGGAAGUGAAUUUGAUGAAUUCAAGAAACUGUAUGGCACUACACUUGUGACUGGAUUUGGAAGAAUUUGUGGACAGCCAGUAGGGAUCCUUGGAAACAAUGGGAUACUGUUUAUGGAAUCUGCUCAGAAAGGGGCACACUUUAUUGAAUUGUGUACUCAACGUAACAUUCCUCUGAUCUUCCUUCAGAAUAUUACUGGAUUUAUGGUUGGGUCCAAAUCUGAGGCAAGUGGUAUUGCCAAAGCUGGAGCUAAAAUGGUUAUGGCAGUCUCUUGUGCGAAGGUUCCCAAGAUCACAGUAGUUAUUGGUGGAAGCUUUGGAGCUGGCAAUUAUGCAAUGUGUGGACGUGCAUAUAGUCCAAAUUUCAUGUUCUUCUGGCCAAAUGCUCGAAUAUCUGUAAUGGGAGGCCCUCAGGCUGCUGGAGUCCUUGCUCAAGUAGAGAGAGCCACCAAGAAAAAGAGGGGAAUUCAGUGGACAAAGGAAGAGGAAGAAAAGUUCAAGGCGGAAGUUGUAGAGGCGUAUGACCGAGAGGGCAGCCCAUAUUAUGCCACAUCUAGGCUUUGGGAUGAUGGCAUAAUUGAUCCAGCAGACACGAGGAGAAUGUUGAGCCUUUGCAUCUCUGCUACCUUGAAUCGUGGACCAGAAGCUACAAAAUAUGGUGUGUUCAGAAUGUAACAUUGGAAGCUCAAGCUAAAGAAAGAUGUUGCUGCCUGGGCCCUGAGGGUUGUUGACUAAACAACAGAAACUCCA